UGCGAAGAGACUUGAGAGAGUUCAGCAGCGAGAAGCAGAACGGGGAGCAAACGCACUUCGGUUUCAAGACUGUCAGGAUGGAGGAUAAGGCAAAGAUGGUGGGAGAAGUUUUCUCGCAGGUCGCGAGCAAGUACGACCUGAUGAACGACGCAAUGAGCGGUGGAAUGCACCGCAUGUGGAAAGAUGAUUUUGUUGCGAUGUUAGGGCCAUGCCGUGGAAUGUCGAUUGUUGAUCUUGCAGGAGGAACGGGAGACAUUUCCUUCCGUAUGAUCGAUGCUCUUAGCUCACAACGAAAGAUCGUCGGUAGCGCAGAGUCUGCUAUCGACACGCAUGUCACGGUCUGCGACAUCAACGCCGAGAUGUUGCAGGAGGGAAGGCGGAGGGCGAAGAACGAUCGGCCGGCAGUGGUUGAUGGGAUCUCCCUCCAGUGGGUCCAGGGAGAUGCCGAGAACUUGCCAUUCCCUGACGGGUCUGUCGAUGCCGUGACCAUCGCGUUCGGCCUUCGAAACGUCUCCCGGACCUGGAAGGCUCUCUCAGAGAUCAACCGCAUCUUGACUAAGGGCGGAAGGUUCCUCUGCAUGGAGUUUUCACAGGUCAAGGACCCGCUCUUGCGUCAGGCAUACGAUGCUUACUCGUUCAACGUCAUCCCGGCCAUGGGCGGAUUCCUGGCCGGUGACCCUCAGCCUUAUCAGUACCUCGUGGAGUCAAUACGACAGUUUCAUGAUCAAGAGACGCUCGCAGACUUGAUGAGAGACGCUGGAAUGAAACACGUUACUUACAAGAAUAUCUUGGGCGGGGUAGUUGCUAUACAUUCGGGUUUCCGACUUUGA